AUGGCGUCUAAAUAUCUGCAGCCUGAGAAACCAGAAUCAUUCCGCAUCCGACGGAAGCCGGUGUCCAACCCAAACUUAGGGGCCACGUACGCCGAUCACCGGGCGGCAGCUGCCAGCUCCCCAUCGCUUGUGCCCCUGGUACCCCCGUCACCCCCGUCUUACACCGAGAUCUAUGGACCGCCCCCAAUUUCCAGGUCCCCAAGUCCUGGGCCAAUCCCCAGGCCUCGCACGGCAGGACCGAGUGCAUCACCGGCCCCUCCACAGCCGACAGCGGUCCAAAAGGCCUAUGGUGAGGCUCGGCAUUUCCUCGGGGGCCUUAUCAAUCAUCCUACAGAGUCAAAUAAACAUGUUACCAUCUUGCGACACUCUCAUGGCUUAGUAUUCUAUCGUGGAAAUACUACUUCUGUCACGAUAUCAAUCUUCUCCGAUGCCCCUCUACCCCUUGACCGGACUCUCUGGCUACAGAGUAAAGGAUGGUCGGGCAAGACUGGCAUGCGGGCCAAGUCGCUACUUCGUUUGCGAGAUGGCUGGGUGGAUGUCACCCCCGGAAUGCCAUUACGAGCGGACCAGGUAAAUCCGGAUGAUGAGCGCGCCUGGCAGCGCGACAUCAAGAAGUUCAAAAAGAAGGCACCGAGUCGUCCACGUGAUACGCAUCACCUGCGCGAAACCGCCGUUGUCCGAAUUCCCGCUGAGGGAGGCGACGGGUAUUUCCAGCUGGUUCUCUGUCAGGGUCUGAAGAAGAAAGUCCUGGGCAAUAGUCCUGUAUUUCGAGUGCUCUCCACGUCCACCAGCCCGAGCUCCAUUCGCGGUGCAAGCUUGAGUACACUGCCUCUUGAGGUUGGUGCACUGGUGGCUAGUCUCUAUGCUCAGACUGCUGCCCGCACUAUUGCAGCUCCGGCUACAGUCGCGGUUCAAUCCACGGUGCAAGCUAAGGUCGAUCCGUUUCGUCCCUCAUGGGUGAACAAAACUGCCGCUCAAAAGGUCUAUGCAAAGAGCGGUGCUCAGGAGCGGGUGGGCGGUAUCAUCAAUGGCCCUAAUGGCUCCAUUGGACGGUCACCCAUGAAUCUUGUGGCACCGCAGGUCAUUGAGAAUAAUCCUUUCAGCAUCGAGGCUGGUCCCCAGCCGCCAUUUCCGAUGAUAUUUAAAGCUCGUUGCCAGCCUGGUCAGACUGCAUCUUUUGAGCCCGGUGAAUUGCCGAGACUGGCAUUAAUCAAAAUGCCCGAUUGGGUGGUGGAACAAUUACGGGGAUACUUCUUCGGAUGGGCUCGAUUCGAAGCCUCGUCUAGUAAAGAACCAUCAAGUCCAUGGUGUCCUGCUAUCCUAUCCGUUCGGACAUUGGACCCUUUACAGGCCGCUCGGGUGAAUCUAGCCCAGAUUGCGAAACGCGUAGUCGCUCUACGCUUUCUUGAAGAUAUUCCCAUACAGUCCACUCAGGUCGAAAUCCGCGUGUUGGGAUACCUGCGCGCUGAGAUCCCUCCGCCUACGGGGAGCACCACUCAGCAACUCGCUGAAGCACAAGCGGCAGCGACAGAGGCUGCCGUGCUUGCUGAUGCAUAUGAUGCAUCUGUGGUACAGGAUACUUUAAGCCAUCCUGCAUGGGCGUCCGAAAAUCCAGACACGCAUGCUUUGCAACGCCAAGCUACUGGCUGGGUUGAUCGAGGCCUGCAGUUUUAUGAAAAUAUGCAAACCCAUGGGCAGAAACUGGCACAACAGGUACCAUUGCAUCGCCUUGGUGUACGUUCUGCCGUUGAUGGCAUCAGAGAAAGCCAAGUGGCCGUCAACGGGUUCUUUAUCGUUCGGUAG